AUGUCGUCAACAACAUUUCCUAAUGGUUUGGGUACUGAUGCUGUCCGUGUCAGUCCUUUUUACUUGCAAAUGCUCGAUCAACAUCACGACUCUAUUCCUCCAACUAAGAUUCUUGGAGUCGGCUACUUUGAUUACUAUAAGGAUCACUGA